AAAAGCCGUUACUUGCCGCGAAUGUUUGCCCGCCAGCGGACUGAGUGCUCUGCUGAUCUUUCACCUGUAGUAAGAUCUUGCUUGGAAUCCUACCUCCCAACCUGGAGCCCUCAUCUCCUACCCACUCUUGCAUCGACGAUUCUUUGCCCCUGAAUGAGAAAUGGAAACUGCAGAUCCGUCUUUCGUGGACCAGAUGACCAGGUUGAAAUUAAAACUGUUGGAAAAGAAACUGGAAAAUGAACGAGAGAACGUGGAUGAGCAAUCGGAUACAGCAGCAUCCACAGCACGCAGUUUGGAUGGACAGGGUGAUGCGCUACACAAUGCACUGAAGCGAAGAAAAGGCUUGCUCCAAAAACUGAGGGAGCAGCACAUAUUGGAUGAGUGCUCCCGGCCACAUACCUGGGGAGGAACACGGACACGGUACCGACGGCUGGAGCCCAUUCAACAGGCACCAGCGAUUCAGAUCUACCAGCAUCAUCCACCAGAGCCACCUCAGAUCAUUCAACACACGCUUUCCCAGCAGCCCUCAACAAUUAUACAACAGUUACCACAGCCACAGCCACUUAUCACGCAGAUCCCACCUCCACAAGCUCUUCCACCAAUCAGGUCAGGCAGCAUCAAGGAAGACAUGGUGGAGCUGAUGUUAAUGCAAAAUGCCCAAAUGCAUCAAAUCAUUAUGCAUAAUAUGAUGUUGAAGGCACUACCUCCAAUGGCAUUCUCUCAGCCUGGCAACUUUGUCAGUCCUGUGAUUUCUCAUGGGCAGGACGUUCAGCCAGCAGUGCCACUUGUAGUGAAAGCCGAGAAACCUCGCCCAUCUUCCGUGCAUCACCAUCAUCACUACUCUGCUCAGGGACAACCCACACUACAUCCACCUCUCCCACCAAUAGGACACCCAUUGUGGCCAUCCAUGCUGCCUUCCAACCCAAAAGCACAGCACAGCAGCCUCCAGCCUUCAGUUCAACAUCUGACGGGCCCAACAGUGACACUCCCUGCAUUACAGACGGAAGCAGUUGAUGGAACCUACUCCCGAAUACCUCCUGGACUGUAGGUGCUGAACGCUACAUACCUGAAGGUAAUGUGGGUUAAGCUCAUGAACACCAUGGAUGAAAGACAUUUGAAGAAACUUGAAACUUGGAAGAAUGUGUUCAGACCAUCCAUUUGACAGACGUAGUGCAGACAUUCUGAAUUAUCCUCAUGGAAAUUUACAAUGGUUUUCAAAUGGAUGAUCAACAGCCCAAUCAAUGAAUUUAAACUUGAAAAGCUAAAUUUCAUGAACUGUACUAUUUAAGAGGUUGUACUUACCCAUUUGCUGCAGUACAAAUAACUCCAAAUAGUUAAAGUAAAUGAUCCAUAUUCACAGAAACUGUAUACACUUAAACAGUGAAUAACCUUUACUUCAUUAGGUGCAUUAAGCAAUCCUUACCUCACAAAAUAAACAGCAAAUUGUAAU